AUGAGCGACAUCGCAACUCCCGAACCUCCUCCCGACUCCCACAUCGAUCAUGCCUCCUCGAUUCAGUAUUGGAACAACACACCACCAACCGUCGAUGGCAUGCUGGGUGGAUUUCCACAGAUCUCGGCUAUCGAUCUACGGGGAUCUGCGUCUUUUUUGGCCAAGGUCCGUCGCUUAAUAUUACGACAAACGGCGCGAGGGAAACUCGAGAAGAUCAGUUUGGGAGUCGACUGCGGCGCAGGAAUCGGUCGAGUGACGGAAGGAUUUCUGGGCAACGUGUGUGAAGUGGUUGAUAUCGUUGAGCCGAUUGAGAAAUUCGCGCAGGCUCUUCGCGACGGUCCCUUCGCGAAGAAGAAUAAUGGCGUCGUGGGGGAUAUUUAUAUUACGGGUCUGGAGAAUUGGGUUCCUGAAAAGCAAUAUGAUCUUAUCUGGAAUCAGUGGUGUGUUGGACAUCUCACUGAUGUCCAGCUAGUGGAAUAUUUAAAACGAGCUGCCGAUGCCUUGACGGAUUCUGGGCUCAUUAUUUUGAAGGAGAAUCUGUCUACGGACGUCGACGGGAACGACCAUUUUGACUCAGUAGACAGUGCUGUUACUAGAGCGGAUGGGAAAUUUAGAAAUAUUUUCAAAGAAGCGGGGCUGAAUCUGAUCAAGACAGAGGAGCAAUUGGGCUUUCCUAAGAGCCUGGGGCUCCUCCCUGUCCGAUUCUAUGCUUUACGUCCGGAGCAAUUGAAGAGCUGA